AUGUCUUCUGAACAGAGGUACGACAUCUCCUACGAGCAGAUGUUGCUUCAAGAUGAAUUGCCCGACCUCGACCUGUUCCCCCUUCCCGGAUCGUGCCUGUUCGACAGCCCUACCAUUACUUCAGCCACCGCCGAUUUUUCCUACACUCCUCUGGAGAAUGGUCAGGCAGAUUCGCAGCAAGGCGAACAGUCUUUCGACAGUCCAAAUCUUGCGGAACAGGAUCACCAAUUCAACACGAUUGAGGAUAUCACCAGCGACUUUAAUUCUGACAUAUUUGCGACCCGGCAGCCCUUUGCUUCAAGUGCCAGUGCUCCGAUGAGCCCUGCAGCGACUUGGAAAUCACUUUCAGUCUUGGACGGUGGUGAUUUUCGCAGCCUGCGAGCCGGGUCACAGACGCUUGACAAUGCUGCUGGUCACUACUACUUGGGCGAGAUGGAGGCAGCUCCGAAUGCUCUUCUGGACCCCGACGGCCUUCGUUCUACCGGCCUGGCGACGGCCAACAACGAAGCGCAACUGGGGCCAAAUUUGCAUGUCCCACAAAUCCAGCCAAUCGACUAG